AAAUUAUUUUGAAAGUGGCCAAAAUUAAAUUACAUUUUAAUUGCUCUCAUGCUGUACUUUCUGCUGAUUUCUGGAUUUCUUAAUACUUCAAGCAAAAUUUCACUGUUAAUUAUUAAAAUUCACUCUUAAUGCCUGAUGAUCUCUUCCUUAUUCAGUGAGCACUGAAGAAUUACGUGCUAUCAGACUGUACUAAAAAACAUAACUACACAACUACACUCAUUUAAGGUUUCAAAACUAUCACAGUACAAAGAAAGUUUGUGGAUGCAGUUAUACCCCUUAAGAUUUAGAAAGUUUCAUAGGAGAAAUUCUGUUAUUUCUGAAAUGUUUCUUCAAGUAGAAUGGGAUUAAGUGGGUCUCCCUUGUGUUUCUUUUUGCAGUCCUCAUUUAUGUAGUACUUCCCAGCUUUCAAGUUUUAUUCAUAUAUGGGUAGCAUGAGUAUUUAAUUCAUAUAAUUUGCAUGUGUUUCAGAGGGUUCUUUUUCCUAUUAACUUGUCAUAUUCUUCCUCAAUUGCUGAAUCACUAAUUGGUUUGUGACAGUGCAAGUAUUAUAAAAAUGAAAUUUGAAUGAAGAAAGAGUGAUGUUUUUGUAGACUGUGUAAAAUUUAGGUUCUUGUUUAAUUUAUGUCUAGUGUGAGAAACACUUAGCAGCACAGUAGUAAAGGAACAGUGUGAGUUGAGAUUGAACAUUUUUGUUGCCUGUGAAGAAAAGAUAACUCUGAAACAUUUGGUUUAUCUUGCACUGUCUUAGUAACUGAUCUUCCUCUGUGAAGCAGUAGAGAUUGAGAAAGUUUUAUUUCAUGAUACUCUAAAGAGGCAAAUGCUCUGCAAUUUCCUCAGUGUUUCACUGUGGUUGCUUUAUCCUUUGCCAUGGCAGUUGCAGUAAUAAUUAGUGCCCAGCCUGGACACAGAGAUUUGAGUUCUCUACAGACACGGGGCUCUUUCCCUGAUGAGUCAGCGCCUUCAAAAUGCAAACGUUUUUUAUUUGGCUUUUGGCAGAAAAUUCUGUUUCCCUUACCAAAUGUCAUAGCUAUGCUCUCAGGGAAUUUGAUGUUGAGUUGUUAAACAAUUUUACAGUUACAAAAAAAAGCUGAUUAAAUUUUCUUUAUUUCUCUUCCUGCUCUCAUUUUCCCUUAUGCAAAAUAAAUUUUAAAAUUGCUUAAUUAUUGAUGAAGACUGGUUCAAGGAGGCUUGAGCUAAGAGACUGUGAAAGCCUCAGAAUCUAAACCCUUAAACAGAUUCAAGUGGCAGAUGGUACAAGAAAUCAUAAAGUUGCAUGUGAUGAGCUAGGCAAGUGUUUACUUUAAACACAUGUGACUGCUAGAGAAUGGAUAAAAUCACUAUAAUUACAUGCUCUUACUGGUGUACUUCUCACUUCCAUCUUUUUCUGGAGCUGGAUGUCAGAAUCCUUGAACAGCAGGGUUAUUUGACCCGUAUCCUGGCUGACUGGGUAGUGGAGUUGGCUGUUCUGCCUAUAAAGGUGUUGAUGAGGAGAACAUAGGUGACAAAUGGACAUAGGAGGGAGGGGAGGCAAAGAAGCAAUACUGGGUUAGUACACAGCAGUUGUUCAUAUCUGCUCUUUAAAGCUUUGUCCACCACACAGAGGAGUCCCUCUUUACUGUGUCCACAUCCUUUGCAGUUCAGGACUGUUUAGACUUGAGGUGCCUGAAACAUUCAUUGUUAACAGACAGUUUAAAACCCAACAUGGUUUGUAAAUUAGGUUGAGUAAAGACUGCCUGGAGAAUUUGCUUAGCAUGCUUUUAAUAUCUGUGAAGGCAGUGCUGCAUGAGAACAUUUCACCACCAGUGAAUUUUUUUACUGCUCUGUUAAAUGUGAUUUGUUUUGUUUGUUUUGUUAACAGAAUAGCAGUUUUGGGUUGUGACAAACCCCAGCACUACAGGAACCAAGGUUUCACAGUGAAGAGCCACUGCUUUCACGAGUUCUGACAUCAGCCAGUCUUCCUUGAAUUCUGGUGUGUGCGAGUCCUUGGUGGAGGUUGCAUAUAUACAUGUUUUCAUGAAGAGAAGUGAGAAGCCAGAAGGUUACAGACAAAUGAGGCCUAAAACUUUUCCUGCCAGUAAUUAUACUGGCAGCAGCCAGCAGAUGCUACAGGAAAUACGAGAGAGCCUCAGGAAUUUGCCUAAACCCUCAGAUGCUGCUAAAGCUGAUCACAGCAUGGGCAAAAUGUUACCUGAAGAUCCUAGGCAAGGCCGAAAUCCCCCCAAAUUUGUAACAUAUCACAAGGUUUUGCAGGAGAUAAGAAACUCACUUCUGCCUUUUGCAAAUGAAGCGACCUCAGCUGUCAAAGGAACAUCAGAAGUUAAUCGACAAAUGCUGCAAGACUUGCAAGCUGCUGGUUUUGAUGAGGAUAUGGUUAUACAAGCUCUUAGACAAACUAACAACCGUAGUAUUGAAGCUGCCAUUGAAUUUAUAAGUAAAAUGAGCUACCAAGAUCCUCGUCGGGAACAGAUGGUUGCAGCAGCAGCAAGACCUGUAAACGCAGGUAUGAAACCACCAGCAGGGGCUGUCCAACAGUCAGUUAACCGCAAGCAGAGCUGGAAGGGUUCUAAGGAGUCCUUGGUUCCUCAGCGGCAUGGCCCUUCCCUGGCAGAGGGUGUGGUUUAUCGCUCAGAAAGUCCCAGCUCCCAGCCUGAUGUAGGAAGGCCAUUAUCUGGAUCUGGCAUUGCAGCAUUUGCUCAGGCUCAUCCUGGCAAUGGACAAAGAGUGAAUCCCCCACCUCUACCGCAGAUAAGGAGUGUCACUCCUCCUCCUCCACCUCCUCGGGGGCAGACACCCCCUCCAAGGGGAACUACUCCUCCACCUCCUUCCUGGGAGCCAAAUUCUCAAACAAAGCGGUACUCUGGAAACAUGGAAUAUGUGAUCUCCCGUAUUUCUCCAGUGCCACCAGGAGCAUGGCAGGAUGGGUAUCCACCUCCACCUAUGAAUCCUCCUCCUAUGAAUUCAUCCGCACAGGGUCAGAGAGGCAUGAGUGCUGUCCCCAUUGGCAGGCAACCGAUAAUCAUGCAGAGUUCUGCCAACAGCAAAUUUAGUUUUCCCUCAGGAAGAGCUGGAAUGCAAAAUGGCAAUUGUCAGGCAGAAUUCAUAGUCCACCAGAAUGUGGUGUCUGGAAAUUCGGUGAGUCGCCAGCCACCCCCAUACCCAAUGAAUCCAGCUAACAGGCAGAGUCCCACAGCACUACAGAUGCAGGCAGGAGGAUCUGCUCCUCCUUCAGCAUACACCAAUGGGAAUCUUCCUCAGGCAAUAAUGGUGCCAAACAGGAAUAGUCACAAUCUGGAACUUUACAACACAAAUGUAGCUGGAAUACCUGCAUCCUGGUCACAGCCUUCCCCUGUGCAGCCGCAGUCAUCGCCGGGCAGUGGGCAUGACAUGCCUACAUGGCAACCCAGUGUUCCCGUGCGGUCAAACUCCUUCAACAACCAUCAUGGCAGCAGGCAGAGUCACUCUGGCAGCUCCCAGCCAUCAGCCACCACAGUGACAGCCAUAACGCCAGCUCCCAUUCAGCAGCCAGUGAAAAGCAUGCGAGUGUUGAAACCAGAGCUGCAGACUGCCUUGGCACCCACUCACCCUUCCUGGAUGCCGCAGCCCGUGCAAACUGUUCAGACCAUUCCCUUCUCCGACAGUCCCUCUACCAAUAUAGCAGUUAUGUCUCCUGUUGCAGAGGCUCCAAAUUACCAGGGUCCCCCACCACCAUACCCUAAACACUUGUUACAUCAGAAUCCUUCUGUCAAUAUGUAUGAGGCAGGACCCAAGCUCAACAAGGAGGAGCCACCUCCUUUAUCCAGGGAGGAUGAGAAUGAAAAGAAUUAUGAAUGUGUUGAUUCAACAGAUAAAGAAAAGAAACAAAUUACAACCUCACCUGUUCCUGUUAGAAAAAACAAGAAAGAUGAAGAAAGAAGAGAAUCUCGCAUUCAAAGUUAUUCCCCUCAAGCCUUUAAAUUCUUCAUGGAGCAGCAUGUGGAGAAUAUACUCAAGUCACACCAGCAGCGUUUGCAUCGGAAAAAGCAACUAGAGAAUGAAAUGAUGCGGGUUGGAUUGUCACCAGAAGCCCGGGAUCAAAUGAGGAAAAUGUUGUGCCAGAAAGAGUCAAAUUACAUUCGGCUAAGAAGAGCUAAAAUGGACAAGUCAAUGUUUGUAAAAAUUAAAACCCUGGGAGUUGGUGCAUUUGGAGAAGUUUGCCUAGCAAGAAAGGUGGAUACUAAUGCUCUAUAUGCAACAAAGACUCUGAGGAAAAAAGAUGUCUUGCUUAGAAAUCAAGUUGCUCAUGUUAAAGCUGAGCGGGAUAUCCUUGCAGAAGCUGAUAAUGAAUGGGUGGUUCGCCUGUACUAUUCAUUCCAAGAUAAGGACAAUUUGUACUUUGUAAUGGACUACAUUCCAGGAGGUGAUAUGAUGAGUCUUCUAAUUAGAAUGGGUGUCUUUCCAGAAAAUCUGGCACGGUUCUACACAGCAGAGCUGACGUGUGCAGUUGAGAGUGUUCAUAAAAUGGGCUUCAUCCACAGAGAUAUUAAACCUGACAAUAUCUUGAUAGACCGUGAUGGUCAUAUCAAAUUGACUGACUUCGGGCUCUGUACUGGUUUUCGAUGGACCCAUGACUCAAAAUACUACCAGAGUGGUGACCAUGCCCGCCAGGACAGUAUGGAUUUCAGCAGUGAGUGGGGGGACCCGGCGAACUGCAGGUGUGGGGAUCGGCUGAAGCCGCUGGAGCGCAGGGCUGCACGGCAGCACCAGCGCUGCCUGGCCCAUUCCCUGGUGGGCACACCCAACUACAUCGCACCAGAAGUGUUGUUACGGACAGGUUACACACAGUUGUGUGACUGGUGGAGUGUUGGAGUAAUUCUCUUUGAGAUGCUAGUGGGGCAGCCUCCAUUCCUGGCACAAACACCACUGGAAACACAAAUGAAGGUUAUCAACUGGCAAACUGCACUUCAUAUUCCACCUCAGGCUAAAUUGACUCCAGAGGCCUCCGACCUUAUUAUUAAACUCUGCCGAGGGCCAGAAGAUCGUUUAGGCAAAAACGGCGCAGAUGAAAUAAAAGCUCAUCCAUUUUUCAAAACAAUUGAUUUUUCAAGCGAUCUACGGCGACAGUCUGCUUUCUACAUUCCCAAAAUUGCCCAUCCUACGGACACAUCAAACUUUGACCCAGUUGAUCCAGAUAAACUGUGGAGUGAUGAUGAUAAGGAGGGGAACAGAAAUGAUACCCUUAAUGGGUGGUACAAAAAUGGGAAACAUCCUGAGCAUGCUUUCUAUGAGUUCACCUUCCGAAGGUUUUUUGAUGACAAUGGCUACCCAUACAACAAUCCAAAGCCCAUUGAGUAUGAGUAUGGUAGUUCCCAAAACUCGGAACAGCAGUCAGAUGAUGAUGAUGAUGAUGAACAGGCAGGUAGACGAGUUCAGAGUCGUGAUCUGGUUUAUGUUUAGUAGAGGAAUAAAGGUCAAAAAUGAAGUAAUCAAUUUUGCAGCUAUAGCUUUUGAAAAGUCUCUUCCUUUAAGAGCAUUGAAAGAAGAUUGUUAGAGUAAAUAUGUGCACACUUUUUUUAUAAUGCUAAAAAAACCCCAUUUCUUCACUUUCCCUCUCUGUACAUUUUGUUUCCCCAGAAUACAGGGAAAUCCUUCUCAAAAAUUAAUUUAUUCCAGUGAUGUUAAUUGUUUAAUUUAGAAAAGAUUUGAUAUUAGGUAAAAAAAAAAAAAAAAUCAUUUGAAUAUUGUUACUGGUCCUCUGUACUCUAAGUACUCAAAAUAGGAAAUAGUGAUUUUUUUUUCCCCUAAGAUGGCUGAUAUCUAUUUAUACAUAUAUUGAAUAAUUUUAGAGAACAAAUCUCUGCUUCAGAAUUUUUAAUCACAGUUUUUCUAUGCAUUGACCAAAUAUAACACCUACUUUAUGCUAAUAAAGUUCUCUGAUACAUUUCUGAAGAGAAAAA